AGAAAAUUGCAAACCUUGAUUCACAGAUCACGAGCAAAUGUUGGGAAUUAGAGAUCUUAAAUAAUAGCAUCAAAAAAGAUUACAACAAACUGACCAGCCUCAAGGAUGCUGAAGGAUCUAUUGCCAGGAAAUCGAUGGUAAUUGGGGAAAAAAUUGAAGAAAAAAUGUUGAUCAAACAUUUGAAUGCAGAAUUCUUUAAAAAUGAAAACACUUGUCACCAUUUACACAACGCCAUUCAAGAUAAUGAUACCUGA